AUGCUCUCAGAGUAUCACAAGUGGAUUGAUCCCGGCAUCAAGUAUUCAUCGCAAGCUGUGGGCGUCUUCCUCGCUUGGAUCCUUCAGAGAAUCAUGAGCGCGAUCCACUGCUCGCUCCGAGGAGCCUUCCUCUUCGUCUCAUCCUCGCAGGACGCGCUUGUUAAGCUGGGAUAUAUCUCCUCCCCCGUGCUCGAGAAGGAUUCGACUCUCUUCAGCGGGGCUGUCAUGCUCUUAGCUCUCAUCGGCUUCCUCAGUCAGGCCUCCUACGGCUUUGGCCUGCCCUUCCCCCUCAACCUUCUCUUCCUUCCGGUUUACGUGCUGGAGUUUGUGAUCACCCAGAUGAUCGGGAGUGUGUGA